AUGGCGGGGCCCCCACGACGCCUCUCUCCUAAAGUAGCUUUCAGAGGCACCAGCAGCUAUUUGAAUAGUGCAGAGUCCAGUGGAAGACUGACGGAUGUGUUCAAUAACGUUAUCAUGACAGGUUGCAGCUCCUUCUAUGAUUGCUACAAAUUGCAGAGUGAAGAGAAUGUAGACUUACGGCAGAAUUACAGUGCUUCACUUUCUACAGCCUCUGAAUGUUCAAACCAUGCAGAUUCUUCUCUUUUCUAUGUCCCGUGGUCUACAUAUGCAGAUGAUAGUAAACAACCCCCUAGUUCUCAGAUUAGUGUAAAGAACAGGAUACAAACAGAAAGAAAUGACUAUGGCAGUGAAACAGACUUAUAUGGACUGGUGUCUAAUAUCUUGGAAGAACAAGAUAAAUCACAGCCAUAUUUUGCUGAAGGGGCAUGUACCUCCAGUUUAAAAUCUGUAUGGCCCGUGAGCACAGCACAGUUUACAGAACACCCUGACUUGCUGACAGAAACUAAGAAACCAAUAGAUGGAGUCAUCCCUCAACAGGCUUUUUAUGGUGGAGAAACUUUACCAGUGGCUGAAAAACAGUAUCUACAUACUGGUACCAUAACUUUGCAACAGAAAGUGGAUGAUCUUUACCAUGGGCUCACUAACACAGAUCUUGAUGAGCAAUGGCUGUACCCUUCCAGGAACGAUCAUGUUAGCUGUUAUAAUGUUCAGACCAAUGAGAAUGCAAAGGCACCACCAUUUCAAGACUAUUCAUAUGUAAAAACAUGUUUUAACCCACAAACUAGUCUUUUGGAAGCAAUAAAAGAACCAGGAGCAGAUACUUAUGCUUAUGGAAGAGAAAAAGUGGGUCCUAAGGAACAUGAUGCACAGGUGCACCAAAAGAGAGCUGAGAUGUUUCUUUCACAAUUUAGUAGAUAUAGUGAAAGUGCUGAUUAUUGCAGAUACCUGGAUUAUUCUCAUCCCAAUAAAGUGAAACCUAAUAAAAAUGCAAAUUAUGGCAUCCAAGAGAGUAAAAAGAUAGCAAGUGGAACACCUGACUUACCAACCUUGGAUACAGAUAAUUAUAAUAAACUUUUUCAAAAUAAAUCAACUGUCCAGAAGAAAAUGGAAGAUGUCUCUUCAGAACAACAGAAUUUUACAUUUCAAAAGACUACAGAAAAACAAUUUUUGAAUGAAAAUUCAUUUACACCUGACUUUGCUUUAAAAUCAGAUUUUGUCCUAAAGUCUCACACAGCUGUCCCAGGGAGUGGUGAUUUUGCAAAUGCUGCAGAAAAUUCAGAAUAUUUCAAAUCACGGAAUAUCUUAUCAAACCCAGUAACUACUUCAUCAGGCACAAAUCUAAGGCCAACGUGGAUCAACACACAGACUAAAAACAGUUCCUCUGUCCCUAUUUGGAAUCAAGGCACCUUGAUGAAGUUGAAUAAUCAUUUAUCUGCUGGUUUAAAAUGUUCCAAUCAUUCUUACGAUUUUUCUCAGUUGUCAUCAACCAAUUUAGCUUUAAACAAUAAUUUGUUGCUCCAAAAAUAUUGCCAGGAACCCCCCACAGUAUUUUCAAGUUUUGAUUUCAAUGAAGGCAAUAUUGCAGACCGAGUUCAGGCUGCCAGUCAUACAGAAGGACUGAGUAAAGUAGGAGAAGAAAGCCUCUUUGAGUCCAUUAUUGACAAAAAAAGUAAGCCAUCAAAUGGUUUUUGUGAUAACUAUUCACAGCAAUAUGGGAUCAUUGAAAAUGUGAACAAGCACAAUUUUCAAGUUAAGCCACAAAAUGGACAUUAUGAUUCUGAGGAAGGACAAAGACAUCUGGAUGGACUGUCACAGAACUCUUACCAAGAUUUAUCGGCGUCUCAGGGUCACUUUAGUAGCCACAGACAAGGAAGUGGGGACAAUAAUAUUGUCAAUAACCGUCUGAAUCGCACUCCAACUUCUUGGUUUUCUAACAAUUUCAUGAUGGGAGACUUGAGGCACAGCUCAAGUGUUACACAGCUCAGUUCAAAUAGAUUUCCUUGGAAAUCCACCCAUCCUUUUGGACAAUCUGUCAUUCCCCUAAUGGAUUCCUAUGAUUUGUUCUAUGACGAUUUAAGCCACUUGUAUCCUUAUUUUAAUGAUAUGAUGUAUGGAGACAAUUCUUUCACAGGCUUCAUGCCGACAUUUGGAUUUCAAAGACCAAUGAAAACUCGGAGUGGGUCAGCCAGUGAGCUUCAUAUUAGAUUGGAAGAAUGUUAUGAACAAUGGAGAGCUUUGGAAAAAGAACGGAAAAAGACUGAAUCAGCUCUUGCUAAGAAUUACCCUGGGAAGAAGGUGUCCAGUACUAACAACACUCCAAUUCCAAGACUGACAUCAAAUCCAUCUAGAGUUGAUCGUUUAAUUGUGGAUCAGUUACGAGAACAAGCCAGAGUUGUGACUCUGUUGGGAAAGAUGGAACGUUUUCGAAGUUCUCCUCUUCAUGCUAACAUCUCUACUGCCCUUGAUAAGCACCUGGAAGCAAUUCACAUUGUACAGUCCCGUAGAAAGGAUGAAAUUGUUAAUGCUUCACAUCGGCAAAGACAAGGAGCCCCCCGGUGUCAAGAUGAUAGAGAUGUUUUUGCUCUUGCACUGGCUAUUAAAGAGAUGUGCAUAGCAACACGCAAAGCUCGCACUACACUGUGGUGUGCUCUUCAGAUGACCUUGCCAAAAACAACCUCUACUUCUGGACCUGUUGAAGUGGAAAAAGCUUUACAAGAGCUAGUACAGCCUGAACAGAUGAAUAACGGCAACCCUACGAUCCAGAGAGGAGCAACAAAAAAAACCUGA